AUGACGCGGCCUCUCGCGUUCGGCGCGAGGAAGACGGCGACGUCGUGGGGAUACGCCCUCUUCUUCGCCGUUUUCGCGACGUUGCUCACCGCAGUAGCCGCGGACUCGACCGCGCCGUUCUUCUUCGGCGGGUUCCCCAACGCUAACACCGUGGACGGCGACAGCUUCAAACUCGGCCUCAAGGUGCGCCGCGCUCGUCGUCGCCCCGCCGCGCCCCCUCCUCCGGUCCGCGGAAAAUGCGCCUCAACGGCUUUCGUCGCGCGAUCGAUCGCUCGUUUCGCUUUUCCCGACGACGCCCCCUCCUUCCCCUUCCCUCCCUCCCAGGUGAACGAGCAAUCCAGCGUAUACUACCUCGUCGUCGCGGGCGCGAACCCCCCGACGCCGUCGUCCACGGACGUCAAGAACCAGUUCAGCACCUACGGCGCGGCGUCCACGGCGGUGAAACAAAAAGGAUGCGUCGGCUGCGCCUCGGGCGUCGUCUCCCCGCUCGCCGCGUCCACGGAGCUCAACGUCGACCUGGACGCCACGACCGGCACGGCGUUCGCGGACAACGAAGUCCUGUCCGUGUUCGUCGUCGCCGAGGACGCGGCGGGGAAUUUGCAGGCGACGCCGACGAAGGUUGACGUCAUCAUGGGCGACGACACCGCGCCCACCUACGGCGCGGGGUACCCGUACGCGGAUCAGAUCACCGCGACGGGGUUCGACCUCUUGAUCCAGCUCAACGAGGCCAGGACGAGCCACUACGCCAUCUUGGACGCGAGCGAUCCGAGCCCGACGGCGGCGGAGAUCAUCGCGGGGAGCAACGCGAACGCGGUGGCGUGUUCGAAGUCCGCGGGCGUGUACGUCCCCGCCGUGCCCUACUCUUCGCCGACGACGUACGACGUGCGACACGCCGUGACGUCGUACGCGGAGGCGUCGCUGGCGGCGUGCCUCGCGACGUACGGCGCGAUGACCGCCGCGGAGAAGCUCGCCGCGGGGUUAUCCGACUCGGACGCGAACUGCCGGAAGUGCCCUCACCUGCAAGGCAGCGGGUCCUACAAGGUGUACGUCUUGAGCGAGGACGACAACGCCGCCAACGGCGCGGGGAGCCCGCCGCGCGUGAACAACGUGCAGACGUUACCGCAGGGGAUGUCGUUCACGCUCGACACCGUGGACACCACGCCGCCGUCGUUCGAUCCGAGCGCGUCGUCGCCGGAUAAGAAGAACCUCGCGACGACGUCCGUGGACCUGUCCGUCUCGUCCAACGAGAUUGGAAACGCGUACUACCUCGUCGUCCCCGCCGGCAGCGCGGCACCGACCGCGGCGCAGGUCAAGUCGCAAGUCUCGAGCUACGGCGUCGUGACCGUCGUCAAGAAGGGGACGUGGGCGGUGCCCGCGACGCAGACGGAAGCGGACGUCACCGUGACCGGGUUGAACGACCUCACGUCGUACGUCGCGUACGUCAUCUUGGAGGACACGGCCAAGACGAACACGGCGACGAACGUCUACGCGUCCGCGUCCAACGUGCCAAACGUCCAGGCGACGGCGACGGCGAUCGCGUUCACGACGACGGACGGGACCCCGCCUACUUUCGCCGGCGCGUUUAAGAGCACGGUGCACGACAUCGCCGGGACGUCGUUUAAGAUCACCGCGCAGCUGGACGAACCCGGGGACGCGUUUUACAUCGCGAUCCCGCGGACGACGGAUUCGCCGCCUUCGCCCGGGCCGACCGCCGCGGAGGUGAUCGCGGCGUCGUACGCCGGCGUCGUCGCGUGCGGGACGUUCGCCGUCGCCGCCGCGGCGACGAACGCGACUGCGACGGUGACGACGACUUCGGACCCGCUCGGGGCGAACGCCGCGUCGUGCGCGAGCGGCGGCGUCGCGCUGCCGCCGUCCGCGGCGAAGUGCGCGGCGUGCCCGCUCGUCGACAGCGAGUCCCGGUACUGGGUGUACGUCACCGCGAGAGACGACGAGACUUCGCCGAACGUGAUGACGACGACGCGCGUCCAGGGCGUGGACACCGUGGACGUCACCGCGCCGACGUUUCAAAACUCGCACCCGACCAUCACCGGGAACGCGGCGACGACGCACAAGACGUACCCGAACAUCGGCGGGGUCACGUUGAACGUGACGGUGGAACUCGACGAGCCCGGAAAGGUGUACUUUCUCGCGACGGCGGCGGCGGACGCGGCGCCGACGUCCGCGCAAGUGAAAGCGUGCGGCGUGUACGGAUCCAGCUCGAAGACGUCGACGGUCGGGCACACGUACACGCCCUCGGGAGGCUCCGCGAUCGCGCCGUUCGCGUGCGGCGACUUGGACGUCCAGCUCGCGAACACGGCGUACGUGCACCGACUCACGGAGAUUCCCGAAGAGACGGCGGUGAAGGUGUACGUCGUCGCGGAGGACGACGAAAACACGCGCCUGAAUCACUUCAGCCUUCUCACGCAACCGCCCGUCUCGAACCUUCAAGCGACGCCCGCGAACGUCGCCGUCACGACCGUGGACACCUCCCCCCCGGAGUGGGCGACGGUCGCGGCGGUGAAGUACCCGCGGGUUCCGUACGCGCUCGCGACGGACAUCGAGGACGUCAAGGCGACGUUCGACGUCGCCGUGGACGAACCCGGGACGGUGUACUACGUCGUCGUCACGAAAGAUUUGACGUUUCACGAGGGGUACACGGACGGCACCGCGCGCGCGCUUCCCACGACCGCGGAGGUGCGCGCGGGCACCGGCCCCGGAGCGCUCGCGGCGACCGCGUCUGGUUCCGUCGCCGUCGCGUCCGGGUCGGAGAACACGAAGAUUUCCACUGUCGUCACCGGCCUCGCGGCGCAAACCGCGUACGACGUGUAUCUCGUCGCCGAGGACGACGCGCCCGCGCCGGGGCCGAACGUUCAGACGUCGGUGACGAAGCUGCGGUUUAAGACGCGAGAUAACACCGCGCCGGUGUUAAGCGUGGACGCGAGCACGCACGCCGGUCCGAUGUCGUGGACCAAGUUGGGCGGAGACAUCGACGGCGAGGCAGCCGGCGACGUGUCCGGGUCGGGUUUGUCCUUUUCGAGCGACGGCACGAUCGUGGCCGUCGGCACUGGUUUUAACGACGACGGCGGCGCGGACGCCGGCCACGUGCGCGUGUACAAGUUCAGCUCCGGCGCUUGGACGCAGAUGGGCGGUGACAUCGACGGCGAGGCCGCCGGCGAUAAAUCUGGGUUUGCCGUGUCGUUAUCGAGCGACGGCACGAUCGUGGCCGUCGGCGCUUAUGAUAACGACGACGGCGGCGCAGACGCCGGCCACGUGCGCGUGUACCAGUUCGCCGGAGGCGCGUGGACGCAGAUGGGCGGGGAUAUCGACGGCGAGGCUGCCGGCGACAGAUCUGGACAGAAAGCCGUGUCGUUGUCGAGCGACGGCACGAUCGUGGCCGUCGGCGCUGUUAAAAAUGACGGGACUGGCGCAGACGCCGGCCACGUGCGCGUGUUCCAAUUUAGCUCCGGCGCUUGGACGCAGAUGGGCGCGGACAUCGACGGCGAGGCCGCCGGCGAUCAAUCUGGGAAUUCUGUGUCGUUGUCGAGCGACGGCAAGAUAAUGGCAAUCGGCGCUCCCAAAAACGACGGCACCGGCGCAGACGCCGGCCACGUGCGCGUGUACCAGUUCAGCUCCGGCGCUUGGACGCAGAUGGGCGCGGACAUCGACGGAGAGGCGGCUGGCGACGAGUUUGGGGAUGCCGUGUCGUUAUCAAGCGACGGCACGAUCGUGGCCAUCGGCGCUCUUAAAAACGACGGGACUGGCGGAGACGCCGGCCACGUGCGCGUGUACCAGUUCAGCUCCGGCGCGUGGACGCAGAUGGGCGCGGACAUCGACGGCGAGGCGACCGACGAUCAAUCUGGGUCUUCUGUGUCGUUGUCGAGCGACGGCACGAUCGUGGCCGUCGGCGCUUAUGCUAACGACGACGGCGGCGCAAACGCUGGCCACGUGCGCUUGUACCAGUACAGCUCCGGCGCGUGGACGCAGAUGGGCGCGGACAUUGACGGCGACGCGGCCGGCGAUCAGGCUGGGCAACUUGUGGCGUUGUCGGGUGACGGCAAGAGUGUUGCUGUCGCCGGUCCUUACACCGACAGCAACGGCGCAAACGCCGGCCGCGUGCGCGUUUUCUGCUUCGGCUGCGAGUACCCCAAGGCGAUCAUGCGCGGCACGAGCAUGGGCGUCGAAGUCAUGAUGGACGAGCCAGGCCAGGCGUGGUACAUCGUCGUCCCCGACGGCACCUCCCCGGGGCCGACGUCAGCGGAGGUCAUCGCGAACACCUUCGCCGCCGCGGUGGGGACCACGUGCGGUCACAACUCCUCGACGCCGGAUUUCCAGAUCCCGUCCGCGAACGUUCCGUACGUGUGCAACGUCACCGGUCUGAGCGACGAGACCGAGUACGACGUGUACGUCGUCGUCGCGGACGACGUCUCGAACGACCCGCUGACUGGCGACGCGUUUCCGACGUACAACGCGCUCGCGGCUCCGGUGAAGAUUGACGUCAAGACGUUGGACGUGACCCCGCCCCGCUUCGCGGCGGCGUACCCUAAAGUCGACAACGUCGACGGCACUUCGUUCGACCUCAAAGUCUUGCUCGACGAGAUCGGGAUCGUGUACUACACCGUGGAUAACUUCAACCCCGCGGACGGCGUCAUCGUCCCUCCGAGCCCGGCGCAAGUCAAAGCCGGGACGAAUCAGAUGGGCAAAAAAGCGUUCGCGCACGGCAACGUCAGCGCGCCGACGGCGUCGACGGAAGCGGUGAAAAAGAUCGAAAAGUUUCCCGGAUUGAUCUCCGAACGCGACUACUACGUGUACACCGUCGCGGAGGAUCUCGAGGACGUCCCGAACCUCCAAACGACAUUGGGAACGCGGAUUCGCAUUCGCACCCCGGACGUCACGCCUCCGACGUUUAAGACGCGCGCGGUGCAAAACGUCAAGGGCGAUCGAUUCGACGUCGUGACGUCGUUGAACGAGAUCGGGUUCGUGUAUUACGUCGUCCUCCCCAAGGGCGCGACCGCGCCGACCGCGGCUAAGGUUCGUCUGAUGCAAAACGCCGCGGGCGUGAGCACCACGGGCGCGUGCGGGGUGUUUUACAUCCCGAGCAAAGACGCGAACGUCACGGAGACGGUGAUCAGCCUGUCCUCCGCCGCCGCCGGGGCGUGCGCCGCGGAAACCCCCGGCCUCGCCGCGCCGUCGUUGAACCCCACCACCGGCGUCGUGACGAACCCGCCGUUCUGUAACUACUGCCCGCAGCUCUCGUCCGCGACGGCGUACGACGUGUACGUCGUCGCAGAGGACGACGGCGGGCACGGCAUCCCGAACGUCGCCAACUUGAACACGCCGAAUCUGCAAGAAAACGCGACGCUUCUGUCGCACGUCGGAUUCACCGCCGCCGCGAACGGCUCCGUGAUCACCGCGGACGUCACGCCGCCGACGUUCACGUCCAGCACGCCGGCCGUGGACAAGUUCGACGAGCACGGAUUCAACGUCAAGUUCGAGCUGAACGAGCCCGGGGUGGUGCACUACACGGCCAUGCAGAGCACCGGGGUGACGUGCGCGACUUCGCCGACGCAUCGGCAGGUGAGAGCGGGGACGAACGGGUGCGACCACCCCGCGAACGCGACCGGGAACGUCACGAUUCCGGUCGCGAGCACUCCGGUGACGGUCACCGUGCGCGGCAUCGGGAACCUCACGAGAGAAGAAGACGCGUACGUGUUGACGUACUUCGCGGACGACGACGAGCCGACGGGGAUGAGCGCGCUGACGGCGCCGAAUCCGAGCGCCAUCGCGACGACGACGAAAUCCACCGCCGAUCGCCUCCCGCCGCUUCACGCGUCUUCGUACCCGAAAGCGAACAACCCGGUCUCCACGACCGGGUUCGGCGCGAUCACGACGAAGUUUGACGUCGUCGUGAACGCGGACGAGAUUGGCACCGCGCACUACGUCGCGUUCCCGGCGUGGCACCGCGUCGGGUGCCACCCCGCGGACGCCGCGUGUCUCGGCGGCACGACGGCGAAGCAGCUCGGUCUGCCCGGGUAUAAACCCCCGACCGCGGCGCAGAUCAAGGCUGGGAAGGACUGGGCCGGCGCGACCGCGGCCGUGAAAGGCUCGUGGGCCAUCUCGAGCGCGAACGCGGACGCGACGACGACGACGACGGCGGAUUUAGACGACGUCACCGACUACAACGUUUACGUCGCCGUCGAAGACGACGCCGGCGCGGAUGCGCGGGUGCUCAACUUCACCGCGGUCAACAACUUGAACCCGAACGUGACGGUCGCGAACGUCACGACCGCGGACGGGACCGCGCCGCUGUUCACCGGUAACCCGUGCGAAUCGCGUCUGCACGAGGAGUGCUCGUCGCAGCUCCGAAGCGAGUCCGGGAGGCACUCCCAGUAUCCGCGCUUGCACGGAUGCUCCAACGGCGGGUUCGACUUGCGGGUGAGCGUCGACGAGGCUGGGAGCACGGUGCACUACGUCGUCGUCGGGUACGACACCGUCGUGGACAUCACCGCCGCGGUGGACCCGACGAACGUCCAGGUGAAAGCCGGAGGGGCGACGUACACCCCCGCGGGCGCGGGCGCGACCCCGGUGACGAUCGUCCACGCCGGCGCCGUCUCGGCGGCGGCGGCGAAGACGCCGUACUCGUCCACGGUGACGUUUACCCUUCCCGCGUCCAACAAAUUUUACCAAGUCUUCACGACCACAGAGGGACCGAACGGGAACUUGGGCGACGGCGACGUGCGACGCACGGACAACGUGAACCCGACAAAGGUGGCCCCGUGCGUCGCGCAGUCCUCCGGGGGCGACCUCGUGACGUUCACCGUCGGGGAGACGACGCUCAAGGCGGACGUCUUUCUGACCGCGCCGGCGAACGUGUACUACGUUCUCCUUCGCGCCGGGUCGCCGACGCCGACGCCGACGCAGAUUUUGAACGGCAAGGACUCGUACGGGAGCUCGCCGCCGUGUUACGACUACGUGCACCCGAGCGACGCGUCGAAGAACGUGCGGUGCUACUUCGCGGACACCUCCCUCGCGGCAACCGCCGGCGUCGUCGAGUGCGCCGACGCCGGGAUGUUCGACGACGGCGUCUACGCCGGGUGCACGCUCGCGACGUUCACGAAUCUCACCCGAGGCGACAGCUUCGACGUGCAUCUCGUGACGACGCACGUCAACGGGACGAUAUUGAGCGACCAGACCGGUCCGGACUCCGCCGCGGGCGCGCCGGUGUACUACGACGAGUUUUCGCGCGUCGGCGAAAAGGCGACGGCGCGGACGAAGGACGCGCAGGCGCCGUUUUUCGCGCCGGGGUACCCGAAAGUGGUCGACGUCAAGGGCACGACCGCGACGCUCUCCGCGAAAUUAGACGAGCCCGGGAAGAUGUACUGGAUCUUAGACGAGACCGGGAACGCGUCGCCGACGACCGCUGAAGUCAAGGCGGGCACCGCCGCCGCCGGCGCCGCCGUCCUCGCGUCGGGAUCCGUCGUCGCCGCCACCGUGGACAACGCGGCGGCGCCGUACAGCGACUGGUACGACGUCGCGCUCACGGGUUUGAACCCUAAAUCGAGCUACGACGUCUUCAUCGUCGCCGAGGACGACGGCGUCUCGCCGUACGGCGGAAACGAGCAGGCGCUGCCGACGAAGGUGACGUUCAGCGCGACGUCCACGGAUGCGCACUUGGGCGCGCUCGGCGUUCGAACCGUGGACGCCAACGCGGUGUCCACCGCGCUCGCGUUGCGGCCGGCGUUUUCGCAGACGACUUUCGCGUACCAAGUUUUCGUGGACGUGGACGUGGAUAACGUCAAGUUCACGCCGUCGUCGAACGAUACGGAGUCCGCGAACAGCAUUUACGUCAACGGCACGCAACGGCUCAGCCAGAGCGAAUUUUCCGUGAGCGUCCCGCAUGGAAAGACGACGUACGAGUUCGUCGUCACGGCGGGCGACGGCGCGACGCGAAAGACGUACGUCGUCGCCGUCACGCGCGCGGUGAACGAUGCCGUCACGAACGCGUCCAUCGUCGUCCUCGACGUCGAGUUCAACGACGGAACCACCGUGAACUCGACGCUCAUGGGCGGGAAGCCGUGGCCGAAGUGCGUCAAAGGGUGCAACUCGCGUUCGAGCGCGCGAUGCAGCGCGGCCAACCCGGAUUGCGUCAUGGACGCCGCGCAGACGAAAUACGUCGUCCGCGUCCCGAGCGAGAUGACGACUUUGAAAGUCAAGGCGCAGGCGGCGCGACCGACGCAGAGCACGAUGCGGGUGUACACGAAGGGCACCUCCGGAGUGGAUUACCCCGGGGGGUUGCCGGGAUACACCACCGGCGCGGCGUUGACGUCGGUGGGGUACGUCGUGAAUCUGUACCAGCUCGCGCAAAACGGAGGGAACACGAUCGACGUCGUCGUCACCGCGGGGGAUCAGUCCACGAAGAAGACGUACACGAUCGUCGUCGAGAGGUUCGGCGUCGGCGUGUACAACGGCUGGUCCCCCGUGCGAGCGUCCGCGCCCGCGGCGGCGGCGGACGACACGCUCACGACGAGAGUCGGGAUCGAUCCGACGGUGCGAGACCUGACCGUCCUCCCGUCCUACGACACGACGGCGCCGUCCUUCGUCUCCUCCUACCCGAGGGCGGGCGUCGCGAACAACACUUCCGUGGAGAUCGCGGUGCAGCUCGACGUCCCCGGGGUGGCGUAUUACCUCGUGCUCCCGGACUAUUACCGCGCGCCGACGAGCCGAGAGGUGAAAGCCGGGAGCGCGCUCCGAUCGGACGCGGUCGCCCACGGCGUCAUCACGAGCUUACGCGGGCUGACGCAAGAGACGCUCGCGUACGCGUACGGAUUAACUUCGGCGACGGACUACGACCUGUACGUCGUCGCGGAGGAUAUGGCCAAGGACCUCAGGCUGGAAGCGAAGCCGAACUUGCAGACGGUACCUUUCGGGCUGAACGUGUCCACCACGGGAACGCGCUCUUGGAAGCAGUGGGGCGGAGACAUCGACGGCGAAGCCGCCGGCGACGUGUCCGGGUCGGGUUUGUCCUUUUCGAGCGACGGCACGGUCGUGGCCGUCGGCACUGGUUUUAACGACGACGGCGGCGCGGACGCCGGCCACGUGCGCGUGUACAAGUUCAGCUCCGGCGCUUGGACGCAGAUGGGCGCGGACAUCGACGGCGAGGCCGCCGCCGAUAAAUCUGGGUUUGCCGUGUCGUUAUCGAGCGACGGCACGAUCGUGGCCGUCGGCGCUGGUUUUAACGACGACUCCGCCAUAGACGCCGGCCACGUGCGCGUGUACCAGUACGUCGCGGGCGCGUGGACGCAGAUGGGCGCGGACAUCGACGGCGAGGCUUUCGGCGAUAAAUCUGGACAGAAUGCGCGUGCCGUGUCGUUGUCGAGCGACGGCACGAUCGUGGCCGUCGGCGCUAAUAGAAAUGACGGGACUGGCGGAGACGCCGGCCACGUGCGCGUGUUCCAAUUUAGCUCCGGCGCUUGGACGCAGAUGGGCGGUGACAUCGACGGCGAGGCCGCCGGCGAUCAAUCUGGGUUUGCCGUGUCGUUGUCGAGCGACGGCACGAUCGUGGCCGUCGGCGCUCCCAAAAACGACGGCACCGGCGCAGACGCCGGCCACGUGCGCGUGUACCAGUUCAGCUCCGGCGCUUGGACGCAGAUGGGCGCGGACAUCGACGGAGAGGCGGCUGGCGACGAGUUUGGGAUUUCCGUGUCGUUAUCGAGCGACGGCACGAUCAUGGCCGUCGGCGCUUACAAAAACGACGGCACCGGCGCAAACGCCGGCCACGUGCGAGUGUACCAGUUCAGCUCCGGCGCGUGGACGCAGAUGGGCGCGGACGUCGACGGCGAGGCGACCGACGAUCAAUCUGGGCAUUCUGUGUCGUUGUCGAGCGACGGCACGAUCGUGGCCGUCGGCGCUUAUGCUAACGACGACGGCGGCGCUGACGCUGGCCACGUGCGCUUGUACCAGUACAGCUCUGGCGCGUGGACGCAGAUGGGCGCGGACAUUGACGGCGACGCGGCCGGCGAUCAGGCUGGGCAACUUGUGGCGUUGUCGGGCGACGGCAGGAUCGUGGCUGUCGCCGGUCCUUACACCGACAGCAACGGCUCAAACGCUGGCCGCGUGCGUGUAUAUAAGUACUGAUUCGACGUGAACGAAUUUCGUGAAUAAUUACCAUAAUAGAUUAACUAAAGCCUAGCUGUGUACAACGUUGUAGUGCUUCAGGCGGCCGACCCGACGGCGCCGCCGCCGGGUGUUAUUUCUCCCCAUUUAUUGCGAGACGCGCCUAAUUUUGGCGAGUGGGUCGAGAGACAGGUUGAUCGGCGGGCUCGAUCGGGACAGACCGUGAAACGCGCCACUUUUCACCCUUGCCGUUGACUCGCGCCCUCGCCUCUCACGCUGUCCACGCCAACGCCAACGCCACCCACGUCCAACGCCAACGCUGUGGGUGGCGUUGGCGCAGUUUCACGUGUGUCGGUUGGGGGCGAACUUUAUUCGGAUGUUCGCGGAUAGAGU